UGCUCUUUCAUCCUCUUCACCAUCAUCAAGUUUCCAUUUAUAAUUGGUGCAAUUAAUUUGCAAUUUGAACAGCAACAUCAACCUCUGUUCAAGUAAAACAAUACAAACUGAAACGGUAAAGCAAAACAAACAAAAUGAAUUGCAUUCUCAACGUUUUCAACACAAUUUUACUCUUAAUUUUAACCCCAACACUAACCGAAACAACAGUUAAACCAACAAUUAAUUGCAACCAUUUAACACUGAACAAUAUUUUUACCUCAUCAAUGAAACAAUCAACUCAUAAUGGGAUCUGGAGUGAACAUAUUGACUUUGAUUCCAAUUUUAUUUCCAACUUUUGGAGUGAUCAAAGAAAAUCGGAUUUACCAAAACUGCAAUCAACUUAUUCUUAUAGCAAUUGGGAAACCAGAUCAACAGGUAAAUGUCCAAUUGAUUCAAUCGACAACUCAUCAGACUGUUCUUAUGCUAAUUGCACUCGAUCAUCAACUGUUUAUCCUUUUCAUCAUUUCACCAAAAUGAAUGCAAAUGCAAAACUGGACAGUUCUAUGGACUAUUCAGUUGUUUCAUCCCUAAUUGGGCAGUUAAUAGUGUUGCCAUUGAUUGAUUUGGACUACAAAACGUCGCUCAUUUACAAUGCAAGUGAAUCGUCAAUCAUUCAUUCGUUACUAGCUAAAGUUGAAUUCAAACAGUUUUUACAAACUUUCUUGAAACUUGAAAAAAUUAAUGAAAAGGUUGACAAUCAAACCCAACAGAUAAUCAACUUGAUCAAUGAAGCCUUCAAAAUUGGACAAUUUAAAGCUCUUUUACUCUCAGCAAACACUAAAUGGUCAACACAUCACACUUGGAGCUCAAUUGUUACAACUAAAAUUAGCCUUCAUCAAGUUAAACUGAGCACGCAAAAUCUAAUUAGAAACAUGUUCACAGUUUUAAUUGUAACAAAUGAAACCUCAAAAUUGAUAUUUUGCUCCAGUUCAAACUCAAGGAGAAAAGGUGUAUCUCAAGAGAUUACCAGAUAG